AUGAGGGGGAUCACGCUUUCCUCCCUCUGCUUACUGAUGUACCUGCUUCAGGAUGAGAUAACUACAAUUUUAGUUUUGGAAAACCAAGACCUGCAAGAUUUGAUUAAACCGCAGAAGGUAGAGUUUCGUUCGUUAAACUUCAACAGCACUUUGCAUUGGCAGCCUGGGAGGGCAAGAGAGACAAGUGACACGGUCUACUUUGUGCAGUAUAAAGUGUAUGGGCAGAGCACGUGGCAAAAUAAAGAUGACUGCUGGGGGAUUCAAACCCAUGUCUGUGACCUAACAAAUGAGACCUCUGACAUCCAAGAGCCCUACUACGGCAGAGUGAAAGCUGCCUCAGCUGGCAUCUAUUCCGACUGGACCCUCAGCUGCAGAUUCACUCCCUGGCGAGAAACUAUGAUAGGACCUCCAACAGUUACUGUGGUUCAUACCAGCAAAUCCAUAAUAGUAAAGCUUUGGGCUCCACGUUCUCCUUAUAAAAGGAAGAGAGGCAGCAAGAUACCAAUGACAAAUUAUUAUGAUUUGCUGUAUCAAGUCUUUCUAAUUAACAACUUGCUAGACGAGCAACACAGGGUCCUGGCAUACGAAGGAAAAGAUAAGGUUAUUAAAAUAGAAGAUUUGAGGCCCGGAGUCAGCUACUGCAUCGUGGCUAAAACAUACGUGCCAGCGCUGGACCGCAGCAGUGCCUACAGCCACAGGCAAUGCACCGUGCUGCAGUGA